AUGCGUCAAAGGAUACUGUCCAGUGCGGCCGGCGACCCCAAGACAUUUGUUCCCUAUGUCACGGACAUCGAUGAGCGAGCCGUGACGUGUUUUGCCACAUACUCUGGUAAAUUUGGACCAGGCAGCAAAGAGUACCCUGUUGCCCUGCAAAAUUAUUCCCAUGACGUCUUGAGGGUCCUUGAACGCAGAUUGAGCAAGAAGUCAGAUUCUGCGGAAGAGACACUAUGGUCAGAUCGUGUCCUUGCACACACCUACAUAUGGUUGUCGUCCUUGGACAUGGUACCGCUGCCAUUGAUGACGGGCAUGGUCAUGAGCCGCAUGUGGAAAGAGUUGGAUGAUGUCAGGGAGGGUUAUAAAGAGCGCGAGAGGCAGUUGGAUUCGCGGAUUGCCAUUUAUGAGGUCUGGAUGAUACUAUUUGAAGCUCGGACAUCGAGCGUCCUGCAACUUCACAAUGAUAUGUCGAAGAUCGAGAUGCAAUCAGAGAUGAACGAGCAACUGACAACCAAAGGUGAUUUUGCUACAAAAUGGGAAUCAAUGUCAGCCUCUGUGAAAGCGAAGACAAGUGAGCACUUGGAGGAGCUGAAAAAAUACCUAGGAAAAGGGAACAUCAACAUGGCACCAGUAUCUCACUCCAAGCCAGGAAUGCCUGCCCUGAUCGUGACUGGAUGGGACUGGCACCGCCCAGUGUCCUCUUACUUAAGGGUCUUAUAUACAACAUUUUUCGUGGUAAAUAACAUGUUUGCUUUGAGGUCUUUGUCAAUUAAAUAG